AUGUCAAUGCCGGACGCUCCAUUAUCACGUGACGCCACAGCUGUUACCGCCCUUCCGGCCACUGGAGAAACGAUGCGAGUUGGAGUGAGAGUACCUGUAUUCAACCCAGAUGAUCCAGAAUUAUGGUUCGCACAGCUCGAAGGCCAAUUCACCCUGUCCGGCAUCCGAGAAGACUCCACGAAGUUCUAUUACGUACUAGCGCAACUGGAACCACAGCACACGGCGGAAAUAAGGGACCUGGUCGUAGCUCCACCUUCCACCGGCAGGUACGACAAAUUAAAAGCCGAAUUAAUACGGAGGCUGUCAGCUUCACAAGAGCGUAAAAUAAAACAACUGCUAAUGCACGAGGAACUCGGUGAUAGAAAGCCCACACAAUUUUUACGGCAUCUACAACACCUAGCUGGGCCAACUGUUCCAACCGAUUUUAUCCGUACCAUCUGGUCAAGUCGACUCCCAACGCAUUUGCAGACGUGUAUAGCAGCGCAGCAUACGAAGAUGAGCCUUGAAGACAUGGCAGAGCUUGCCGACCGUAUCAACGAAAUCGUUCCAGCAACAUUGCAAGUGUCCGAGCAAGUAGCCGUGCCAGUAGCCGGUCGAGUAGCCGGGCAAGUAGCUAGUGCAUCUAGUUCCACUCUAGGAGUACCAAGUACUAGUUUCGAAAGCCUGAACCAGACCGUAGCUGAGCUGAGCAAGCAGAUGGAGAUACUUAGCAUGCAACUUAACCGAAGACAGCCACGAUCCCUCACUCUCCACGCUCACGAUUCGCCAUAG